CUCCCAGACAAGAAAGAUUCCAUCAGGGAAGAAAGUAGGAGACUGUCGCGUCCAAGAUCCUUAAAGAGCUUCCGAAAGGAAAAGCGCGAUGGUGAUGUUACCAGUGGUUCUGCCUGUUCGAGGGUGGCCCCCACAAAGGCUAAUACUGCUCCACUUGCUCCAUUGUCAGGCGUCGUUGGUAACCAUGAGAAAAAGAAGGAAGCGAAAGCUGGUGCUGACACUAAGGGUAAUAGUUCUCAGGCGGUUUCGUGUCGAGGCCGCAGUAAAGCAAGAUCAGGACCAACAAAGGUCAAAAGGAAAGCUCCACCUCCACCGCUGCCUCUGUCUGAGAGGCCUUCCGUUUCUCAUACCAGUCCAUCCCAAUCUGGUCUACCUCGUCCUAUUUCAGCCCGUCCCUCUCCUCCGAUACCUCCACCGCGUCAACAACGAACU